UAGAGUUUCUCUCUCUGUCUCAUUUUGCAGUUCUUCAAUGGCCAACUCCAAAAAUAAUGCCAAGAAGUUGUCAUACAUAUCAGUUCCUUCUCAGAUAAUAAAUUCCAUAGCAUCAUCUUCUCUGCAAUCUCUGCUAUCUUCCCCCAAAAAGUCUUCAAGAAAAAACAGGUUCUUUAUCUUCACCAACACCAUUAGCAGGACCCCAAGACUCUGGUUUUUCACGCUCUUUCUCGUUGGUUUCCUUGGCAUGCUCAAGUUUGGCUUCAAUCUUGACACCCCAUUUUCUCCUUACCCAUGUGCCAAAUCCAAGCCACACCUCUCAAUCUCAAAUGACCAUUCAAAAUCCAAGAUUGGUAUUGCCCAGAAAGAUGAGAUUUUGAACAAAAGUAGUUGGGCACAGGCUUUAGUUUCCCAUGUGCAAUUUAGAGCACAAGGGCCUAGUGGAUUGGACAAGGUGGAAAGUGAUGAUGAGGAUGUUGAAAAGAGGGAGUUUUGGAAGCAACCAAAUGGGUUGGGAUACAAACCUUGCUUGGGUUUCAGCAGAGAUUAUAGGAGAGCAAGUCAAGGGAUUUUCAAUGACAGAAGAAAGUACCUCAUGGUUGUGGUUUCUGGGGGCAUGAAUCAGCAGAGAAAUCAGAUUGUUGAUGCGGUUGUCAUUGCUAGGAUUCUUGGGGCUGCUUUGCUUGUUCCUAUAUUGCAAGUCAAUGUCAUUUGGGGUGAUGAAAGUGAAUUUGCUGAUAUAUUUGAUCUGGAGCACUUCAGAAGAGUUCUUGCCAAUGAUGUACGAGUGGUUUCAGCAUUGCCAUCAACACACCUAAUGACAAGGCCAGUGGAGGGAAGCCCUCCCCUUCAUGUCACUCCCAGUUGGAUCCGUUCAAGAUAUCUCAGAAGACUCAAUAGAGAAGGUGUUUUGCUUUUACGUGGCUUGGAUUCAAGGCUAUCAAAGGAUCUUCCUUCUGAUCUUCAGAAGCUUCGAUGCAAGGUUGCUUUUAAUGCACUAAGGUUUUCCCCACCAGUUCAGGAACUUGGUAACACAUUUGCAGAGAGAAUGAAGAGCAAGGGUCCUUACCUUGCUCUUCAUCUAAGAAUGGAAAAGGAUGUGUGGGUGAGGACUGGUUGCCUCCCUGGUCUGAGUCCUGAGUUUGAUGAAAUUGUCAACAAUGAGAGGAUACAACGGCCGGAGCUCUUGACUGCAAGAUCAAACAUGACUUACCAUGAAAGAAAGAUGGCUGGUCUUUGCCCCUUGAAUGCUAUGGAGGUUACCAGGUUACUUAAAGCUCUAGGAGCUCCAAAAAAGGCAAGAAUUUAUUGGGCUGGAGGACAACCAUUGGGUGUAAAAGAAGCCUUGCUUCCAUUAAUCCAAGAGUUUCCUCAUUUUUUCGGUAAGGAAGAUCUUGCCAUGCCUGGAGAACUACAACCAUUUGCAAAAAAGGCUUCUCUAUUGGCUGCCAUAGAUUACAUAGUCUCUGAGAAGAGUGAUGUUUUCAUGCCAUCUCAUGGAGGAAACAUGGGCCAUGCAAUUCAGGGUCAUAGGGCAUAUGCCGGGCACAAGAAAUAUAUUACCCCAAACAAAAGACACACGAUCCCCUAUUUUCUCAAUUCUUCCCUCCGUGAAGAAGAGUUCAACACGAUUAUCAAUGAAUUGCACAAGGACUCAUUGGGGCAGCCAGAACUCAGGACUAGCAAGGCUGGGAGGGAUGUUACCAAGUAUCCUGUCCCUGAGUGCAUGUGCAAUGACUCACAUGCUAGUUCAUGAUAUACAAAUGAAUACCAAAGCUUAUGGCAUGAAGUUUACUUGGCAACUUAACAAGU